CGUGAUUUCUCAAUUUGUGGACGCAUUACUCGUGUCCACAGGUUUACAUGGGGGUGAACAAAAUCCUGUGAGAGUUUAUACACAAUGGCCAAAGCAGCCAAGGCAACGGAGAAGGCACCGCCCACAGGCACGCAUGAGAAAGGAACCAGCGUGCGGCCGCCGGCAACGAGUGCGUUCUUUGGGUACUUGAGCAUGCUCGCGCUGGCCCUUCAGUUCGGCUUGCAACCCGUGCUGAACCGGGCUUUUGCUGGCGAAGUCCGCAGCAAUGCCGUGAUGGUGAUCAUGUGCGAAGGGUGCAAGUUCAUCCUUGCAGCGCUCGCUAUUGCCGUCAAGCUUCGCACGAACCCGAGGCUUCUCUCGUCGUGGAACCUCGUGGAUAGUCUCAAAUUCUCGGGCCUUCCCGCGUGUACAUAUGCCGUGCAAAACGUGCUCAUUCAACUAUCGAUGCGAUUCCUUUCGCCUCUCGAGUUUAACCUGAUCAACCAGUCCAAGCUGAUCUGGACGGCCGUGUUCGUGUACGUGCUCCUCCAUCGUCGCUUCUCCAUCAUUCAAUGCGUCGCCAUGGCCUUGUUGAUGGCGGCCUCCCUUCUUCUCUCCUCGGGCGGCGACAGCGGGAAGAACCUUCGUGACGUGUCGCCGACGGACCACUUCUACUCUGGAUACGUGCCCGUGCUGAUGGCCAGUGUGUUGUCUGGUUUUGGUGCAGCACUGACCCAGCUAUCUCUUCAAACCCAUGCCCGCGACGCAUCGGUCGUCACGGCCGAGCUUUGCGUGUACGGCGCGCUCUUUCUAAUCGGCAACAUAUUGUUGCAACCGUCUGCGAGCCUUUCGUUUGACGGAUGGACCAUGCACACGUUCAUUCCGGUCGUGUCGUCCGCCACAGGAGGGCUUCUCGUCGGCGCGGUCACGCAGUUUGCAGGAGGCGUGAUGAAAUCGUAUUCGCUCAUUGGGGGCAUCGCGCUCACGGGCGUGCUGGAAGCCUUCAUGUACCAGAGAGCUCUCUCCAACGAUCUCUACAUUGCAUCGGGGCUGGUCGUGGCCAGCAUGUACCUCUAUAGCUCCUACCCAUACGUCGAGCAUGGACCUGCGAAACCAAAGCAGCAAUAACAAGUCGUGUGCCGAUGACGUGGCACGUCCCACGCGUUGAAACGAAUGGACGAACUGACAGGAGCGCUGCGUUAGCCGCACAUUUCG